AUGGCCAGUGGACUGAAAAUGAUGGCCCCUAUUUGUCUGGUGGAAAACCACAAUGAACAACUGUCGGUGAACCAGGAGGCAGUAGAGAUUCUAGACACAGUUUCUCAGCCAGUGGUAGUCGUGGCCAUCGUUGGACUGUACCGUACAGGGAAGUCCUACCUGAUGAACCGUCUGGCAGGCCAGAAUCAUGGGUUCCCUCUGGGCUCCACUGUGCAGUCAGAGACCAAGGGCAUCUGGAUGUGGUGUGUGCCACAUCCCACCAAGCCAAAGCAUACCCUGGUCCUCCUGGACACCGAGGGCCUGGGGGACGUGGAAAAGGGUGACCCUAAGAAUGACUCGUGGAUCUUCACCCUGGCUGUGCUUCUGAGCAGCACCUUCGUCUACAACAGCAUGAACACCAUAAACCACCAGGCCCUGGAGCAGCUGCAUUAUGUCACAGAACUCACUGAGCUGAUCAGGGCAAAGUCUUCCCCAAAUCCCGAUGGAAUAAAGAAUUCUUCAGAGUUUGUGAGUUUCUUUCCAGACUUCAUCUGGACUGUUCGGGAUUUCAUGCUGGAGCUGAAGUUAAAUGGAGAAGACAUCACGGAGGACCAGUACCUGGAGAAUGCACUGAAGCUGAUCCCAGGCAACAGUCCCAGAGUCCAAGCAUCCAAUUUGCCCAGGGAGUGCAUCAGACAUUUCUUUCCUAAAAGGAAGUGUUUUGUCUUUGACCGGCCAACGAAUGACAAAGAACUGUUACGAAAAAUUGAGACUAUCUCAGAAGACCAACUGGAGCCUAAGUUCCAGGAACAAACAAGGGCUUUUGUUUCUUACAUCUUCACCUAUGCAAAGAUCAAGACCCUCAGAGAGGGAAUUAAGGUUACUGGGAACCGACUGGGGACUCUGGUGACGACCUAUGUGGAUGCCAUCAACAGCGGAGCUGUGCCUUGUCUGGAUGAUGCGGUGACAACUCUGGCCCAGCGUGAGAACUCAGCCGCUGUGCAGAAGGCAGCUGACCACUACAGUGAGCAGAUGGCCCAGCGACUGAGGCUCCCCACAGACACGCUCCAGGAGCUGCUGGAUGUGCACACGGCCUGUGAGAAGGAAGCCAUUGCUGUCUUCAUGGAGCACUCCUUCAAAGAUGAAAACCAGCAAUUCCAGAAGAAGCUGCUGGAAUUAAUAGUGCUCAAGAGGGCAGAUUUCCUGUUGAAGAAUGAAGAGGCAUCGGAGAAAUUCUGCCAGGAAGAACUGAAUCAUCUUGCAAAAGCACUAACAGAAAGUAUUUCAGCGGGGACAUUCUCCAUUGCUGGAGGACACAGGCACUACAUGGACACCAGGGAGAAGAUUGAGAAGGACUAUUGGCAGGUGUCCAGGAAAGGGGUGAAGGCAAGUGAAGUCUUCCAGAGCUUUCUGCAGUCACAGGCCACCAUCGAGAGUUCCAUCCUGCAGGCAGAUACAGCCCUCACUGCUGGGGAGAAGGCCAUUGCAGAGGAGCGGGCCCAGAAGGAGGCGGCUGAGAAGGAACAGGAGCUGCUAAGACAGAAGCAGAAGGAGCAGCAGCAGCUGAUGGAGGCUCAGGAGAGAAGUCACAAGGAAAACCUAGAGCAACUGAGAACGAAGCUGGAGCAGGAGAGAGAGCAGCUCAUCAAAGACCACAAGACGAUGCUGGAGAAGCAGCUGCAGGCCCAAAAGGCAUUGCUUGCUGAAGGCUAUAAGAAGAAAUCUGAGGAAAUGAAUGCAGAAAUAAAUAAUUUGAAAAAUAAGCUUGAGAGUAUAAAAAAAGAGAGCACUUCGUUUUUGGAGCAAACCCUCAAUGCCUUUGCUACAGUCCUCUGUGCUCCUGUUGUAUUGGCUGUGGAGGUUGUAAAAGGCAUUGCUGCACUGUUUUGAGACUCACUCCUCUGAGAAAAUGAGACUGUGAAGACAUGCUUUGUCCUAUUCUUAAGGUGCACAUUCAUUUUCAUUCAACAAAGUUUUAAACAUGAAAGUGCUUACUCAGUCUAGAACAUCCGUGCCUGGCCCGUGUUCACCUAGACAAAUUCAUGUAUGUUUUGACAGAUAAUGAUUGCAACAUCAUAUGGAAGAGAUUCUCUGAGUUGUCACUUGUUAUGGUGACAAAUUUAAAAUUACUUGAAUGUCAUUGAUUAAUAUUGGCAACAUAAACUUUAAUAUGUGCCAACUACUUAGUCAGGAAACACCAUCUUGGUGGGGCUUCUUGUGUUCUAAUAUUAAGUUGAGCUCAAAGAUACUUUAUCAAAUGAAAUAUUUCAAAACAUCAUGCAACUAUUCCAUGCAAACACACAGAUGCAUUAAUGCAAUGGUUUCUGAAAGAUUCAUGAGAACCUGGUCUCUGGCUUCAUCUGUAGAGAACAUGAGACUGUAGGAGUUGUUGU